UGGGGGGUGGGGAGAUCCUUAAAAUGGGGAAAAAUCCGUGCAUAUAAGAAAAACAGUGUCAGUGUUACGGAACAAGCUAAAAACGAGCACUUGCAAAUGAAAAGUUUUUUCAGUGAUAAGUGCAAAAACAUCAUCAACAAUAAACGGAAAAUUUUCCUACAAAAAACCAGCUUUGGAAACAAAGAAUGCUGACAAAGUAAGUGUCAAUCAUCUGAGCCUUGGUAGCUGUCAAGCACGAAGUUACCAGAACUCACCUGAUAGAUCAGGUAGUAACCAGAACAGGAGACUUUCUACGCUUCACAAAAGUCAACUUUUUCCGGAGGUGACGCGUCUGCUAUUUUGAGUGUAACUGGAAUUUUUCUCGGUGGGAUACGCGUUUUCUCUUGAAGAGAGAGGAAAAAUGCGUCAAUCUUUAAUAUAAAACACGAUUUUAUGUUCGAGAGUAAUAAUAAAGCAACGCAAGCUCUGGUCAAUAUAUACUAGAUAACUACCGGACAAUGCCAAACGUUAUCAGUAAUAUUCCACCGAAUACCCACCGGGCAUAUGGACAGUAAUGGACUGGGAAUGAGACUUCAACCUCAAAGAGGACACAUGUAUAGCUAAAGUUUUCCACUUUAUAUGCAGCAGCCCCAGAAUCUGUACUUUUCUGAUUUUCAGCAAGUAUCAGUGGUGAGGUUGCUGCCCACACACCCUGCAUCAUGAAUAUUUUUUAAGACGUUUAUUCGCCAACAGAGUUUGGCAUCUAUUGCUGCCCAUGAAAAGACUGACCAGAACCAAAGCUACUUAACCUUUCUGACCGAACUACACAUAAUAUAACGUCCCCGUCCAAGGCAGAAAGCGUUCUCCAUCUACUAUGUAAGCACAAAUAUGAUUACUGCAAGGAACAGGACUCAGAUCGACUAAGGAAUUCGUACUGUAGUUGCCAAUCAUCUGUAGCACCAACAAACGAGUGGAUGCAAUACCACGGUAUCAAUCGGGACUUUGCAGACAUUAUAACAUUCAAGUUAAUUGUCUCAGUUCGAAAGACAUCGAUGAAAUUCCUGAUAAGGCCUACUGCUAAGCCUAGUGUUGGAAUUCCCUCAGCUUCCUGCAUUCAAGGACAUCAGACCCACAAAUUUAUGGUGAAUCCAUCUUGACUGAUUAGAUUUUUUGGGUAAAAUGGAUCCAACAGGUAAUGAUAUCCAUAGAGCUUCGAUUCCUGAGGAUAUCUGGAAUGUACAGCAUACGAGCUACAUGAUCAUCCUCCCCAUAAUAAUUGCAAUUGGCUUGUUUCUGAGCAUCGUCAGCUUCAUUGUGCUUCGUCGAACAAAAAUGAAGGCGACCCAUGUUAACAUAUACUUUCUUCUUUUGACUGGGGCGGAUUUCAUCAUCUUUACCGUCAGCAUCCCAACGGUAAAAUCUCUCAAUGGUUGUAACUUGCGAUCAUACGAAUAUGCUCUAUAUUUCGUCCAUGUUUUCUUCACUAUCUUCUACAUCACUCAGACCAUUUCACUUUAUCUCAUUCUCUGGAUAGCCUAUGACAGAUUUUUAGCCAUUUGGAAUUUCACCAGAUUCACUGAAAUUCAGAAACCGUCAGUGAUUCGUAUGAGACUAACGUGCACCAUUCUCGUAUGCAUCUUGCUACACCUCGAGCAACUUUUCGACGUAAGAAUUACCUGCUCCACUGUAGAACAUUGCAAACCGGGUAAUGUUACCUGUGAAUUAACGGCACGGCUGGUAAGCAGCGACGAGCAUACCUGCCCCGACGGCGUAUGGUUUAUAAACGAUGGAUUGCAUUACAUAACUGAGAAACCAAUGUGGCGCCAGAUAUACUGGGCCUUCUAUGGCUUGCUUGUUUCAGCUUUACCCAUAAUAGUGAUCGUGAUUUUCAAUCUGGGAAUAGUUGUUGCUAUCAUUAUCCAGAGGUUCAAAAGUCUCUCUUCCACAGCGAGAACUCAGAGAAGAGACUUGUCUCGCAUUUAUAUCAUUUUGGCCAUUUCAGUGACUUUCGUGAGUUGCACUGUACCCACGCUUAUUCACGCCGCUUUCUAUGCUCAGAAGAUCGAGAACUGCCACGGAACUUACUCUGAAGAAGUCUUCCGAGCCGUGGCCCACCUGCUGCUUUUGGCGGAACACGUGACACACUUCGUCAUUCUGGGUUUCAAUCAGGUCUUCUGGAGUGAGCUGAAGAAAGUUGUGUCUUUGACCUGCCAGUACACCAAGACAUUUUUGCUGCUGCUGGCGGGCAAGAUAGACCGUGUAGAACAUAAUGACAACAGCAGCAAUGUCACGAACUCUCCUGCAGAGCCACCUGCCGAUGCUCCAGUACCUCCGCCUACAGCUCCUCUUCCAACAAUAAGUAUUGCGACAGAUCACGUAGAAUCAGUGAAAGAAGAGGUUGACAUUGAUACCAGUUUGCAAGUCUCCAAGUACAAUAACGGCACCCUACAAUCCUCCAAUUCAUUAAGACCUCCCGAUAGGUCCCCAACGGUAUCUAUGAUCACACUAGAGGAAGAAAUAUGAGGCUUACUACAGAAUUUACAGAUCUGUGAUACAAUUCAUUCUAUUUAAGCAAGGCUGUGUACAUGGAGGGGAGGGCUAGGUUGAAGCACCCAUUUGGUGAAAAAACAUUUACUGAAUAAAACCAGACGAACUUGUCAAUUCAAAGAGGAAAAAAAUUGUUAAUAAAACACUAUAUCUUCCAUUUAUUUACUUCUUGGAAUACUGUAUUUUGCAAUUUUGUAUAACUGUAUAAUGAGGUAAGAAAAAAAAAAAAUUGUAUGAAUUCUCCCUUUCAAAGUGUCUGCACACAGCCCUGGGUUGAAAUCUAUAGACUAUUUCCAUAAAACAUCUGUCCAUUAAGAAAAGAUUUCAAAAGAUCCAAGAACAAAGACCAAACCUCUUUGGUCAUCUCAGGACCGAUACAGCGGAAUCUGGAAAAUGUAACUACCUGUUCAACACUCCCAGCCCCCUUCCCUCAACAGAUACUACAUGAGGAUGUUCAGAUUAUCAUUCAAUUGAAAGGAUACUUUUUCCAUUUGUAUUUUCUUUACAUCAAACUCAUGUUCUGGUUGUUGUGAAAACGUGUAGUGAAGACAGAAAGAAAAUAAACUAUUUUCUUCAGUUCAUGUGGCAUGGCAUUAAUUUCUGUGAUCAAAGGAGGUACAAAACUGUUCUACUUUCAGCAAGCUGUACAUUUAUUUUCUGCAGUACUCGCAAAUUCAUUGCAAGGAAACCUUCUAUAAAUCAUACUUUCAUUAAAAAACCUCCUUCAUUCCUAAUCGUACCAAAAUAGUUUUUCCUUACUUGCAUUUUUCACAUAACUACUCUUGUCAUACACACAAUGUCCACAUUCUUCAGUGAUCUGGACUGAGAUAUUGUCAGUCGAAAUGUAUGGUAUUUGGGGGGGCAGUUGGUGGUUGGUUUGAUUUUAACUACAGAAAAGACUUGUACCAGGUUGGAGCUAACGAGGACUUACCACAUCCGCCAGAGAACCACUCGCAUUUCCACCAAUCUGACCAAAAUCAGGGUUCCAACCUCCACACCUGCUUGUUCUUGUCACCUGCUCACUGUCCCCAUUCCAAGGGACUAAAUUACUGUCAGUCGAAAUAUAUGUUUUUUGUGUAAA